UUAGUUCGUCACUCGCCAAGUGGGUCGGAUCAGCGUCGAUCUGGAGUGGUAUACGGUGUGCGGCGCUACUCUUAACCCGAUCGGCGGAUCUUUAAUCGGUCAGUGCAAUAACGGUUAUUAAAAUUUUCCAAUUGCAAACUUUCCGCGAAAGGUUUCCGCGAUUUGCGGCACGUGGAGAGCCUGCAGCGGACUCCACUUGUCCGGUCAGCAGGUGAAACACCCCGACUAUCUCGGGUGAAUCAUCCAGCCAUCCAACAUCCUAAAUCCGUUUCAACCGGUUGCAGGCGACCAAUAAGUUCAAUAAUACAAAAGUGCGGUUCCCAAAAUAUUCUGAUUAAACAAAGUGAAGUGAACAAUCUAAUAGUGCAAAGGGCGGCAAAAGAAAUAUAUACAGUAAUAAAGUUAUUAAAGACUUAGUGACGGCACACGCUAUUCGAUUUAUGAAAUACAAACCACAAGCCUAUGAAUAAGAUGAAUUCAGAUGCCAACCCAAUAAGGCCAAAGAACAGUGAAUUUAAAAAGCUACCAAAACUCUUCAGCUGAUAUUGACACUGUUGUUGCCCAGAGGGAGCAGGAACAUCCCAGUUUAAUGGCCAUUCUGCAGAAUAGCCGCCAGAGUCACAAGCAACUCCCAGUCCACAGCCAGACGAUUCACAGUGUUUGGUGCCAACAGAGGCCGUUUAAUGCCAUGCAUCAGGAUGUCCGGCAAAAAAGCAUCGGAUCCCGAAACGAGGCAAGACUGGAAGCGAAGGAGAAGGAAGCGGGGCCUGGGAAGGAAGGUGCCCCCAGCAGGAGAAGAAGCAGAAGGCGGUGCAGCAGCAGUUCCACCAGCGACUCGAGCGAAUCCUCGGAUUCCUCAACAGACUCGGACUCCGGGACCUCCUCCGGCAGCAGUAGCACAAGAAGCCAAUUACCCGCCCUCAACUUGCCAGUGCCCCUCCCGCUGGCGACAUCCACUCCGCCCGCCGUUCCAUCGCCUCGAAGGAACUCCAACGACUCCAACCGGAGCGUCUCUCCCGUGGAGGUGCCCGUGGAUCCGCACGCUUGGACGUCCGAGGACAUUGCCAGCUGGGUGAAGUGGGCGACGCGCAAGUUCAAACUGGACCCGGAGCCGGAUAUCGACAGGUUUCCCAAGGACGCCCAGGAGCUGUGCGAUCUCUCUCGCGCUGACUUCUGGGUCUGUGCAGGAUCCAGGCGCGGAGGCAUGCUCCUGGCGCAGCACUUCGCGCUCAGCUUGUACCACGCCACCGGACGGGAGACGAGUCCGAUGCUCAACGACAACGAGCCAAAUCCGUACCAGCUGCUGAACGCUGCCUCGCACCGAUUGGUUGCCCAGGGCUCAGGGGGCCAGAUCCAGCUGUGGCAGUUUCUGCUGGAGCUGCUCGCUGAUUCGUCCAACGCGAACGCCAUCAGCUGGGAGGGCCAAUCGGGCGAGUUCCGGCUCAUCGACCCGGACGAGGUGGCCAGGCGGUGGGGCGAGCGCAAGGCCAAGCCGAACAUGAACUACGACAAGCUGAGCCGGGCUCUCAGGUACUACUACGACAAGAACAUUAUGACCAAGGUGCACGGAAAGCGGUAUGCCUACAAGUUCGACUUCCACGGCCUGAUGGCCGCUUGCCAGGCUCAGGCGCAGGGCGGAGAUCCGGCCUCCAGCAUGCUGGGUUCCUACAACCACCACGCCGGCGGAGCGAUGCAGCUGGGGCGCCACCCGCCGCCACUGCACCACCACCCACAGCACUCGCAUCCGCACCACCAGCUGGGGCAGCCCCACUUCCUGCACCCGCACCACUCGUCUCCCGCCUCAAACAGCUCCAGCCUGGGCUUCCCAUCGUCCUCGACGGCCUCUUCGCAAGCUUCGCCCGGCCAGGCGCCCGCCUCCUCCUCCGCCUCCACUUCGAAUUUUACUGCUCCAUUCCAAGGUGGGACAGCCGGCGUGGACCCGGCCAGGUCGUCCUCAUCUUCUGCGGGAAACUACGACCAGGGCCCGGUCACUCCCACCACAAAUGCAUUCAACUGAGCCCGCCGCAACCCCAAUUUGUCGCCGGGGUUGUAAGUU